AUGUACAGAAACGAUCAUAGCCUUCUCCUCUCAAACUUAGUCUUAGUCUUUUAUCUUCUCUACUUCCCAUACUUAGUCUUCUCCGAGACUCCGUGCCCAUACCCGUGUUAUCCGCCGCCCAUUGCCGGUGGCUCCUCUACGCCCACCAUGACUCAACCACCGCCAUUUCCUCCUCCAGCCGUUAAUUACCCUUCUCCAGCUGGGAAUUUACCAAACUAUCCUUCUCCACCGGACAGUAGUGAAGGCAGUAGUAGUGGAAGCAGCUUCUAUGGUACUCCUCCACCGCCGGACGCUAUUUUGCCAUACUUUCCCUACUACUUUAGAAAACCUCCUCACCAAACGGAUCAAACGUCGUCGUCUUCACUCGUGGAGGUUCCAUGGCAGUUCACGGUGAGGAUUGUAGUCAUUUGGCUUUGCUUAAGUAAUUUUAUAGUGGAAAAAGUUUCGUCUGCUCUAUAG